AUCAGAAUCUGCAGCUCCCUCAUGGCAUGUGGCACAUCAACAUCCCAGGUCGGCUUGAUGGCUCAGUCAUUUUCUCUCUGGCCCCUCUCGGUUCUGCUCCUCUCCUCUCUCCCCACAGGCUGCCGGGCUGAAGACCACCAGCGUUUGGUUCAAAAUAGCAUAGAUCCUGCCAUCACUGCUGAAAAACCAGACAUGAUAAACAGCACUAAACGAGCCCCGGGGAAAAUAAACAGGAUGCUCAUUGACCUCCUGGUUUUAUUGGGAACUGUUGACUUGAGUUAUAGUGCCAUUCAGAGACCCGACUAUGAUGACACAUCCAGUCCUGAGUUCCUCAACUACUCCUGGAUGGCGGCCAUCCCUGACAGCUGGCCGCUAUCUGAAAUCACCAUGCCCGGGACCCACAACACCAUGGCCCUGUAUGGGGGUGCACUUGCCGAGUGCCAGUCCUGGAGCCUGGAGUCUCAGCUCCUCGCUGGCGUCCGCUUUCUAGACAUCCGUGUGCGUCAUGUCAGAGGGAACCUGACUAUCCACCAUGGCGUGUCCUACCAGCGGGCGCACUUUGGUGAUGUCUUAGAGGGUGUGGCUGACUUCCUGCACAAAUACCCAAGCGAAACUGUGCUGAUGCGUCUAAAAGAGGAGUUCAGUGAGACUUAUGACAUCUAUGGUGCUGUGGUGAGCUACAUCCACCGCUAUGCCCACUGGGACCUGCUGUGGCACAGCCGGCUCAUGCCCACCAUGGGCCAGGCCCGAGGGAAACUCAUCAUCUUGCAAGACUUUUCUGGGCCAGACUUGGGAAUGCGCUAUGGUUCUCUGGACAUCGCUGAUGACUGGAAGGUCCCUACACUGCUGCAUGUGAAAGAGAAAUGGGAGAGUGUGUAUGAACAUCUGGAGGCCGCACCGGGGGGCAACAAGGCCCAGAUCUUUCUCACCUAUAGCAGCGGAGCAGGUGUAUUCGCCUACCCCAGCGCCAUUGCACAGCGAAUCAAUCCAAGACUAUAUGACUACUUGAGGGCCAAGAGGGACCGUAACCAGCGCUUUGGGAUCAUAACUAUGGACUUUCCUGCUGCUCCUCUCAUUCAGAUGAUCAUCGACUUCAACUGAAAGAUGGCACAAAGAGAGAACAGGCCUCUAUCCCAACUCUUAGAAAGGCAGUUUUGAGAUAUGUAAUUUGUUUACUAAGAAAUCUGAUCAAAAGCCUGGUGGCUUUCCUGGUAGAUCAUGGACCAUAUAUCAAAGCUAAGUCCUUACUGCCGUGACCUGGGUUCGAUUCCAGACUGAGCCCUCUCUUUCCUGCCUUUCCUGUUACUCCCUUUUGUUGCUCUUGAAUAAAGCAGAAACAUCAAAAAGAAAAAAAAAAAAGAAAUCUGAUCAAACACUUUGUUCAUUUCAGUUCAUGGUGUUUUCAUUUCAUUGCUGCAUUAGUUGAACUGUUGAUACCAUCUGACCAAAAUCAUGCACUGAUAUGUCAGUGGC